CUUUGGCUUCUGCCUCCUAUCAAGCUCCGCCCAUCUCGUAUCUUCCGUAUCACUCCCUCUUCAAGGAUCGGCCAUGAACAUGAUCCACAACCUGCCACGUGAGCGUCAAGCACUGGCAUCGUCCUUGUCAGCCAAACAGUUCCUGAGCAAAGUGGUACUCCCAUUGUUGUCGAGUUGUGAUCGAGGACCUGCAACAGAAGUUGCUAUCCGUUUCAAGUCCAAUUAAACCCCCAGACCGCCCUAUAUAUUCCUGACUCUCCUUUCCCGACAUGACAGCAACAACAUUCAUUCCAUUCAGUACAUCUGGAUGAAAUCGACUAAGCUUAUUAAAAAAGAAGACUUAGAGUUGAAAGCACAACUAUUUAAAGACUGGAAGAGUACUACCCAUUGGCCUCAUUGUAACCUUCAUCCUCAAGCUGCUCCCUUAAGGAAUGAUUCUAUCGCUCCUCAGGUCCGCGGUGAACCUAUUAUUAAGCCCGAGAUUACCGAUCAGCUCCAGCAGUUUGCUGAAUUUAAGGCUUUUUGAGAAUGUUAUUAGCAAUAUCUGUUAGUUGAUUGCACUUUUGUUGCCAGUUGUCUUGUAGUGUGCUCAGUUCAACCUGUUGUUUCGCUACUUUGAUAUUACUUGCGCUGCAUCUUACCUCUCUUCGCAUUUCGGACUAACGGCAAUCGGUCCUUACACAAAGGGCAUCUGAGAACAGAAUAGAACCUUCAGUCACUUAGCUAUAGCCGAUAUCACAUUAGCCAAUAUCACAUUGUAUUUUCAAUGUUUUAACUAGAAAUCUCGUUAUUGAAUUCUUCACUUCUUUCUUGACCGUCUAAUUUUAGAAUAUCUUCAUCAGCGCUUACCUCUGGC